AUGUCGGCGGGAUUCGAGAAUCUGCGAGCAGUCGGCUACCAAACCGACGUUCCCUACGUCCAACUCUCCAACCUUUGCUGGUCGUUCUUGUGUCCGAAACCUGGCGCCGAAGUCGAAUUUCUCGACCUCACUUUUCAAUUGAUGAACUCAACAGCCACUAUUGUGCAGAUCGACGCGGACAUCGAUCAGUCGAUUAAUAUGGUAAGGCGUUUAGACCCAACUAUCACCGAAUCGGUUUUAGGUUGGAAAUGGAACAGCAGAUAUUACUCUGGUGACCGCUCGACAGACAUUGGAAAGAAUGAAGCAGGUCGGAGGAGGGAGAAUGAUUUGUUUUGGCUACCGUAAUCUUUUCAGGUCGACUUUACCACCCCCAUCGGCUUCGUUUAUUACGGUUACUUGCUCAGGGAAGUUCCAGAAAUCGCCGUCGCCGAUUAUAUCAUCAGAAUCUUUUAUCUGGAUGUAACGGAAGUUGCUAAAACGUAUCGACAAACAGAGUUUUCAGACCCUCGCCAUCCUCAUUGCUUUCGGCAUUAUUAUCGGAUCGCUUGUCUACCUUUACACGUGGAUUUUCGACCAGAGAAUCCGAUCCAUUUGGGACUGGAUGAUCAUCAGUUGUUCGGGUACUCUCAAGACACAAGCCAACCCCGAAUACCGUUCAAAUGUCAGGUAUAAUCCGUCAAUUCAUGUUCAAAAUCUCGUCGCCAAUCUGCGCCCUCGUUGUCAUCGGUUUCUGGCUCUGGUGCUGUCAAGUGAUCAUCACCUACUACGAGGCGAAACUCAAGAGCUUCCUUCUUCUCUCCCAUCACCGCGGGACCAUAUUCAACACUUUGGACGGGGUGCUCGAGGCCGUCGAGCACAAGGGAUGGACCCUCGUCAUACAGGAACGCGGCUACACUCCGUAUCUCUGGUGCAAUGCGGUUCAGUGUGCCCGAUUGGAUCGCUUGAAGUCAAAGUGAGUUGGGAAAAAAAGGUGCCAGAAGUCGGAAGUCGGAAUAACCAUAAUCCCGAGGAUAAGAAGUCCGUUUGAAACUCGAACAGUUCAAAGAUCUGACAUAGGUGACCAACAAACCAAAAAUGAAAACUUUUCCGUUUGACCGUCCUAGUAUUAACUAAUUUUUGUGUUCAGAGCAAAUUUGCCAGAAGUUACAAUUAGGGAAUCACGGUCUCCAGAGCUGACAAUGGCCGCAAGUGCGCCCCGCCCAAUAGAUCGAUACAUUGGCGCGAAAUUCAAAUUUUAACAGCAAAAUUUGUGUUUUUUGCCAGAUUAGCCACGAAAAACCGAUAAUUUCUCAAUUUUCUCUCGAUAGACCGAUUGUAUAGGCUAUUACGAAUUUUUUAAGCGCUAGAGCGUUAAAUUUGGUCAAGUCGCAAAUCAAAUUUAUCCGUUUGAAGGUUUUUGGCUAAAACUGCGUGAAUUUCAGUUGCUUUUCGGUAGUUUUCGCCGUUCGAGCGCUAAAAAUGUUUGUAUUUACGUGAUUUAUCAUUCUCAAAACCAAUUCUGUCUGAAAACGGUCAAGAAAGCGCAAAAUGAGAAGAGGAACCCAGCCUUCCACUCGUUUCGCGUGCAAAAAUUUCGUGCUGCGCCUUUAAAAGACUACCGUAAUUUGCGAAUUUCUGGAUUUCUGUGUUAAAUUAGCGAAACAACAGUGAAAUGUGAUGCAAUUUGUUGUAGUUUGUAUUAUUUACCUUAGACCCGUUUCAGAAUAGUGUACAUCGGCGCCGACGCGGAUCUGAACGCCCUUCUGACGCAGGACAAACACGUGGGCUUCACGGCGGUCGCCAGCGAUCUGGCCCAAUCGGACAUCACCUAUUUCGACUAUCACUCGAGAAUUCUCUUCGUCCGCGAUAAAAUAAUGGCGCCCGAGUACCUUGCGUACGCGGUAAACAAGUACGUUUUCGCCCUUUUUGCCUCGCUGUCUCUCCUCGCGGCGCCCUCAAAACGACAAACGGAGGGGAGCGGAGACAGCGGGUCCUGUGGUGUAGUGGUUAUCACGUCUGCUUCACACGCAGAAGGUCGCCGGUUCGAUCCCGGCCAGGACCUACCUUGUUUUGCACUUUUUCUUCUCUUCAGAAACGUGAAGGGCCUUCGUGAGAAGUUUAAUCGAGCAGUCGCCUAUACCAAGAGUGGAUACGAUACUGUCCGCUCAAGAUACAUCGCAGCGUUUUCAGCGUAUAACUCGGUGACGUCACAAUCGCAAACUAUAAGUAUACCACCUGAAAUCUGA